CACAAGGAAGCCAGAGGGAGAAAUGGCGACACUUUGUCACUGAAAGAAACGACUUAACAAGAUGGGUCAGAAAGCGUCAAAGGCAGCAAAACCGAGGAAGACCACCCCUGAAUGCAGCACUGGGGAAGACGGGGCCACAAGUGCCAUUCAACAGAGUAAGGGGUCCGGUGACAUGGCGGUCCUAAAUGCUCAGGACAGAGAAACUGGAGUCUUAGAUGUGCAGGAAUGCUACACGGACGAAGACGUGGUGGCAUUCUCAGAAACAGAAACCACAGUGACCCAAAUUGCAGGCCAGAGUCAAGUGAGCGGCCAGGGCAACAAGGUUAUCAACAUCGGACCCAAUUCCAACGUUAAUAUCUUCGACAGAACAUCAAAUCUAGAUGAUACAAACACAGUUCCCAGCAUUGGCAGCACUACUGAAGAUUUCCCACUGGCUCAAUGUCAGGACGCGCUCAGGGCAUAUUUCAAGACCAGAAUGAGUUACCUUCACCCACUAGCGUGGAAUGAAACCUUCACCAUGAAAAUUCAGGACGUUUUUACGACUGUAGAUCUCGUGACUCGUACACAGCAGGGAGGAAACAUUGAACGACAUGCCCUCCCCUCGACCGUCGAUGCCUUGAGCGCCAGGCCCGACUGUCCCCAGCCCCGGCGCAUUCUUGUCGAAGGUAACGCAGGCAUAGGGAAGACAACAGAGGUUUCAAAGCUCGCUUUUGACUGGGCUGAGUCAGAGGGAUGUUCUCCAAUUCUGGAAAAGUAUGAUGUUGUCUUCCCAAUCGCGCUGCGGAAGGUAGGUGAGUCUCAGUCCCUCAAAGAGUGUAUCUUCGACCAACUCCUGCCAAAAGAUGUGCCGUUCCAAGAGUCAGACUUGGAAACGUACUUGAAGGGGAAUGACAGAGUCUUGAUCAUUCUGGACGGCUUCGAUGAGUGGCACUAUGAAGAUCAUGACAUCACCGAUCUCGUAACAGGUAAGAUUCUCCGUGAGUGCUCCCUACUAGUCACCACCAGACCUUCCCACACCCCACAGCUGCAAGGUCUGAUGUGUCCGGAUACACGCGUGGAGAUCACAGGGUUCAGCCAGGACAACAUCCGCACUUACAUCCACAGGUUCUUCAAGGGAGACCAGGAUAAGGCAGCGGCCUUAGUAAAGAAGAUGGACUCCUCCCUUAUUCCUUCAGGCAUUCUAGCAACGCCAAUCCUGCUUUUGCUGACAUGCAUAAUGUGGGAGGAGAAUCCUGAUAUGGUCCUAGGGGGUAGAAUUGGUCCACUUUAUGAUGAAUUGGUUUCCUUCAUCAUAAGGCGACAUUGUGCAAAGAACAACAUUGUUUCUAAUCAAGGUAUUCCCGAAAACAUCAGCGAUGCACUCUUGUGUGCUGGUGCUCUUGCUUUCAAUGGUUUGUUGCAGAAUAAUCUUGUAUACAACAAAGAAGACGUGGCCAAGUAUUGUUCUGGAGAGAGCUUACAGGAGCUUGUAUUGUUAGGGAUCCUUCACAGACAACAAAGUCCCUCUAGACUUAACCCUUCUGACCAGUUUUCCUUCUCCCACAAGACAAUGCAGGAAUAUUUUGCAGGGUCGUAUUUCGCAAAGAAGCUUCAGGAUAAGCCAGCACAACAGCCAACUCUGAACACGUACCUAAGAACGGCUGGAAGUGUGCGAGAGUUAGAAAACGUUGUCAUCUUUGCCUGUGCAAAGUUAGGGUGUGAGGCAGAUGUUCUAUUGGCUCAUCUUGUCAAUAUCUACCAAGAGGAGAUUGAGCCUUUGUAUUAUGCAUUCACUACUCCGCUUCCAUACAGAUAUAUAGGGUCUUCUCUUUAUUCUAAAUGUCGGGCUACAGGGAAUGAGGAGGAGUUUGAGAGGCAGACUGAUUUAGAUUUCUUUCGCUACCAAACAUACCUUGAAAUUGCACUUUUAUGCUUCUAUGAAAGUGGUUGCCUCUCACAGUUCGAGAACAUCUUUCUCACCAAAGGUGUUAUUCAGUUCUCUGGUGUGGGACCACGAGUCUACAAUGCCCUGGAACAUGUUCUGAAGAAAAUUCCUUCUGAGUCACUUAGAAAUCUAGAAGCCCUCAGGUUGAUCAAUACCAGGCAACGUUUUGUCGUUCCUAUCAUUGACAGCCUGAAGAUGAUGAACUUGUCAGAGUUGAACCUUCGCAGUGCUUGUCUUCGAGGUGACGACUCCAACACAGGACCCUGUGCCCGCCUCUCACAACAGCUGCCUCACCUGACAAGUUUGAGGAAGCUUGUGCUGUCUUGGAAUGGUCUUCUCUGCUCAGACUUACUUGUUUUACUGCCUUCCUUGAAGACGUUGGUGAACCUUGAAUGGUUGGAUCUCUCUUUUAACAAGUUAACAGGUUGUGGAAAGAGUCUGGCAGAGCUGCCAUGUUCCUUACGGAGACUGGAGUUUCUGUGGGUGCUUGACUGCGGACUUAGUCUGGAGGAGGUUCUUCAAAUAGCCACUGCAGUUGUGCAGCACUGUCCAAAGAUGAGAUUUUUUGGCUAUGGAGGUACUAUGACAGGUCCAGGUGGCGAUGAGAAAGUUCAGGACGUGCUGAGGGGCAAGUGGCCUCAUGCUACAUACAUGUAUGCAAGGGGAAUACUGCAUCUUGGGCAGCCAAAACCUCACUCCUAGAUCCAACAUACCAUGAAGUGGUUCAGCACCAGUCAUGCUCAAGCCGACAACAAAAUCCAGCACUUAAAAGUACUUAUUUAGACUUUCAUUAAAUGAUUUAUGGACCUGAUUAGGCUGUUUCCACUUUCUAAUGUACAUAUUGACUACUCUUACAUUAUUAUGUUUA